AUGAAAUAAUAGUUUAAUUUUGAUGAGAUUUAAACCCUAAGCUUUCUUAGCCAAGAUAAUUUUGUUUAUUUAAUAGAACCGAUAAGAGAGGUCUAGAAAAUAGUUUUCUCGCAAAAACACUUAUCACUAUUAAAAAUGUAAAAAUUAAAGGGGUUCUUGUAAUUUAUAAAUAUAAAUAAAGAAUUUCAGAUAAAGAAUCGGAGCCUGUUUGA